AUGGCUUCCCUUCAAGCCAAGCAAAAGCCAGACGUCAUCGUUGUCGGCAGCGGCAUUGCUGGACUUUCCGCAAGUAUCGCAGCAGCGGAAAAAGGCGCUUCAGUUCUUCUACUUGAACGCUUCCACGGCGGAGGCACCACAGCCCUCUCAGGCGGUAUUGUCUACGCUGGUGGGGGGACACAGCAACAAAAAGAGGCCGGAUAUGAUGAUACCCCGGAAAACAUGUUUGCCUAUCUACGCCAGGAGAUCGGAGACGUGGUUCAGGAGAAGACGCUGAAGCGAUUCUGUGACGAAAGUCCCGGAAUGAUCCAAUGGCUGGAGAAGCACGGUGCUCGCUUCAAGGGGGCUUUGAGUCCAUACAAAACGAGCUAUCCCAAUACUCAGCAUUACCUCUACUUUUCGGGUUCGGAAAAGGCAUAUCCGUACUCAUCACUCGCGAAGCCUGCACCGCGAGGGCAUCGCAUGGUGCACGAUGGAUUCUCCGGGGCCGGCAUCGCCAAAGCCUUACUUGAUGGGGCUAGACGACUUGGUGUUCAGAUUGUGCCAGCCAGCAAAGUUGAGAAGAUUCUUUUGGCCAAAGAUGGCUCCGUCCGAGGAGUCGAGUACCUCACACUAGCCAACUCAGCCUCAAAGCUUGCCAAGCAUGAGAAGCUGACCAAUCGAGCUCUCAAAUACCAAAUCACGCUGCCCCCCAUUGCAGGAUGGCUUCAUAACCGUGCCAGCAAAAUAUUCGAGCGCAACGCUCAGUUUGCCGCCGCCGAGGCACCCGCUGUUAUCUUGGCGGCUGGAGGCUUCUCCUAUAGUCCUGAAAUGCGAAGGAAAUAUCUUCCCGACUUCCAGGGCGUCACUCCCCUUGGGACACCAGCUGACGAUGGGUCUGGUAUCAUGCUAGGAGUAGCCGUUGGAGGCUCCACAUCUCACAUGGGCUGGGAACGCGUUGGUGCUGAGGAUGUAUACGGUGCCUUGUUGACAGAGAAGAUGAUGCGUAAUCACCAGUCCCAAGGUUUUGCCAUCUAUGACUCGACACAGUGGGCCAAGGCGAGGAAGCAACUGCCCACGCAAAAGGCCAGGUCUCUUGAGAAGCUAGCCAAGAAGUUGGGAAUUUCGCCUCAGGGCUUGAGACAGACUGUCGAUGCAUAUAACGACGCCAUCAAAAAUGACAAGCCUGACCCGGCGAACAAGAUGCCCGACACUCGAUCUCCUAUACUGAAACCACCAUUUUACGGCAUCGAUAUAUCUAUCAAAUUGACAAAGGGUCUUCAGCAAGUCAUUGGGCUGUCGCUUGGUGGCCUACGAGUCGAGGAGGAGUCAGGGUUGGUUCUCAAUGAGGCUGGAAAGCCAAUCAAAGGCUUGUGUGCCGCGGGGAGGAAUGCUGUGGGUAUUUGUUCAAGCACGUAUGUGAGCGGCCUCUCUCUUGGUGAUGGUGUAUUCUCAGGCAGGCGGGCUGGUGUUCACGCUGCUGGAAACGUGAAGACGACGUGA